UAGGAGGCGUCCGGCGGAGUUUGUGUGACGGCCGCCGCGGGAACGUGAGCGCGGUAGUUUUUCAAGGGAGAAAGGCGGCUUCGUGGGGCUCGGUGGAGUGACAGCGAGCGUCAGCGGCCAUCUCCCGGCGCGAGAGGCGGCAUGGAGGACGAGCGGGGCCGGGAGCAUGGCGGCGACGCGGCGCAGCAGAAGACGCCGCGGCCAGAGUGUGAGGAGUCCCGGCCGCUGAGCGUGGAGAAAAAGCAGCGAUGCAGACUUGAUGGCAAAGACACAGAUGGAUCUAAGUUCAUAACCUCCAAUGGCGGUGACUUCAGUGACCCGGUUUACAAAGAGAUUGCAAUGACAAAUGGUUGUAUCAACAGGAUGAGCAAGGAGGAGCUCAGAGCUAAACUUUCAGAAUUCAAGCUUGAAACAAGAGGAGUCAAGGAUGUUCUAAAGAAGAGACUGAAAAACUAUUACAAGAAGCAGAAGCUGAUGCUGAAAGAAAGCAACGCCGUGGACAGUUACUAUGACUAUAUUUGUAUUAUUGACUUUGAGGCCACCUGUGAAGAGGGGAACCCAGCCGAGUUCCUACAUGAAAUUAUUGAGUUUCCUGUUGUUCUGUUGAAUACACACAGCUUAGAGAUCGAAGACACGUUUCAGCAGUAUGUAAGACCAGAGGUGAAUUCUCAGCUUUCAGAGUUCUGCAUUGGUCUUACUGGAAUUACUCAGGAUCAGGUAGACAGAGCCGAUGCUUUCCCUCAGGUCCUGAAAAAAGUAAUCGAGUGGAUGAAGUCAAAGGAGUUGGGAACUAAGUACAAAUACUGCAUAUUAACAGAUGGUUCCUGGGAUAUGAGUAAGUUCUUAAACAUCCAGUGCCAACUAAGCAGACUCAAGUACCCUUCUUUUGCUAAAAAGUGGAUCAAUAUUCGCAAGUCUUACGGAAACUUUUAUAAGGUUCCAAGAAGCCAGACCAAACUAACAAUAAUGCUUGAAAAAUUAGGCAUGGAUUAUGAUGGGCGACCUCACAGUGGUCUUGAUGACUCUAAGAACAUUGCUAGAAUAGCGGUUCGGAUGCUUCAGGAUGGAUGUGAACUUCGAAUCAAUGAAAAACUGCAUGGGGGACAGCUGAUGAGUGUGUCCUCAUCCUUACCAGUAGAGGGCGCUCCAGCCCCACAGAUGCCGCAUAGUAGAAAGUAACUGCGUUUUUGUCUGGAUCAGUUGCUACAAAGGUAGCAAGUGAAUGAAUCUGAGCUAGUACAACCUUCAAGCACCUUAAACGUUUACUACAGUUACAGAUAGAUGGUAUGUAUGCAGACAUUUUGUGGGAGGGCACACCAGAUUCUUUGUCACCAGCACUUUUGAUAUGAGCAGUAACCAGUCACACACAGUAACCAGUCCCUGCUUAGAACUGAAUUUUAUAAUGUAAGGUGUCCAGAUGUGUUCCUUUGCUUUUAGGAUGAAAGAUUUAUUGGUUCAUGCUUUGAACGUCAUGUCUUACUGAUACUGAAAUUUAAAAUGAUUUUCUACAUUACCACCAUUAAAUUAAAUACAUUUUUUGAAAGUGUGGAAAGGAUUGAAAGGCAGUGUUUACCCAUUGAAUUUUAAGUAAAGUGUGGUCCUUUUAACUUUGUAAGUUUGUAGGUGAAGUUAAGGGGUUACCAGUGAGAGGUUUGUUCCAGGAAUGCUGUGUGUGCGUACCAGAUAAUACAGGUGUUCAAGUUCUGUACUUCAGAUGGCAUAAUGUUUAUAUAUCACCUACACAUAUUCUCCCGUAUAUUUUAAUGAUCUCUAGGUAGCUUAUACUUAAUAAACGAUAAUCCUUCAGGGAAUAAUGAUCAGAAAGAAGUCUGCAAGUUGGUGUAGACACACCCAUAGUGGGCCUCCCUACACAGCACAUGAGUAAGUUGCUCAGCCAGCCCGAUCUGGGAAGAAACCAAGGAUCUGAGACAGAGGUGACAGCAGCUGUCCCGUGUGUCACUCACUCUGCUCCAUUCAACAAAGUGCUCGCUGAGCAGCAAAUUCAGGUGUUUCUUUUUGGAACAUUUUUUGCAUAUCUGUAUCUGUUCCUGUGUUCAGGCCAGGGAGUCAUUUCUGAAGGGGCCUACCUUGACAGCCUGAAUUUGAUCCCCAGAACACACAUGAUAGACAGAAUUAACUCAAGGAUGUCCCCUGAUUCCCAACAUGCACACCGUUGGAAUUGCUCCCACAUAUACACGAAUAUGUGUCCAAGUAAGCAAAAUGUAAUAAAGUACUGGGAUCUCAUCUCAUAACUGGAAACCUUGUAAUAGGCCAUAGGAUCUAGUUUAAAGUCUAGUUACUGGAGAGCACAGAUGACUCAGUGGUUAAGAUCACUUGCUGCUCCUUUAGAAGACCCAGGUUCAAGUCAAAGAAUCCAAUAGGCAGAACAUUCAUAAGCAUAAAAUAACUAAAAUACUGGGCAGGGGAAAUGGCUCAGAGGUUAAGGGUGCUGGCUGCUCUUUCAGAGGUCCUGGGUUCAGUUCCUAGCAUAAGUGAAUCUGAGGCCAUCCUGGGCCAUUAACGAGACCCCGACUCUAAAAAGUGUUAGUAGGAAAUACAAGUAAAAUUAUGAGAGCUAUAACUUACAAAUCAAUGGGAGAUUCUGAAGAUUUGCUCAUUGGCUUCCCUCUCCUUUGUGAAUGUGCCCUGCUUUGCGAUUGACUUACAGCUCAUGGUAAACAUUUGUUGUAUUCAGUACUGUGAGGUGAAAUGUUUUGUGCCAUAGUUAUUAAACCUGGCUUGUCUUAGUGAGUGACCAGUAUAUAUUGGGAAAUAAUUCCUAUUUCUAAAAUCAAAUUGUGCUCUGGAGAUAAUGAUGUAAAACUAUCUAGAGGCUGAAAGUGUGGACUUACGGAAUUAAACCCUUCUCGCGAUUUUCAUGGACCAA